CAUUCAUGAAACACAUUCAGCUCUUACUCUCAACAGCAGCUUCUUUCCAGAGACUUCUAGAACUGAAACAAACACCUCUGACAAAAAAUGGAUCCCUGUGAAUGUGCCAAGACUGGAAGCUGCAGCUUUGGUUCAGGCUGCAAAUGCAAGAACUGCCAGUGUAAAUCCUGCAAGAAAAGCUGCUGCUCAUGCUGUCCAUCUGGCUGCAGCAAGUGUGCUUCUGGAUGUGUGUGCAAGGGUAAUACCUGUGACUCCAGCUGCUGCAAGUGAAGACAGGACUGAUACUACCACUCAGAAUGUACGUUUUGUUUUAUAUCACCAUUGUAGUUCCUAUCCUCUAAUGAAUUGUGUAUUUUUAAUGUAAAUGUCAAUAAAAUAACUUAGCUGUA